AUGGAACAAGGCAGCAGUGGUAAUAUAUCCUUUGCAUUAAAACAUGGCUGUAAAAGUGACCAGGUUGUAGUAUACGAUGCGAACAACAAAUGGACAUGUACAAAUCAGACCGAAACAACAGUAUCGAAGCAAGAAAUAGCAAAGAAAAGGGCAAUAGAAAAUGCACCGUAUAAUGAACUUAGCACUGAUGCAAUAUUAGCCGCUACAACAGCUUUAACUUCGCUCUCAAAAGAGGACUUGCCUGUAAUAACUACAAAUAAGGAAAAAAUCGAUCAAAAGCUGUUCCAUCCCAGAAACAAACCAAAAUUAAAGGCUCCAAAAACGUUUAAGACGACCAUGAGACCUCUUAAACAUUGUUUACCCACAAGAAUAUUUUCUCGGAAACGGAAAACGCGAUUAAAUGCUAGUAGACCUUCAAUCGAGACCAAUAAUGUUGGCAGGAGAUGCAAAAAGGUAAAAAACAAACAAACUACGCAGUUCAAGUGCAUUUAUGAUAAAUAUUCUCCAACAGCAGUCCAAAAUCGUGAUCAAUUAUUGUCUCCAACUCCAUUUUCACAAAUUCAUUCGCUAUCAACAAUUAAAUACAACUACGAAACCGUGCCGACACUUCAAAUUGACAUUUCGACUAAUUCAUCGCGUGUAGGGCCAGUGUAUACCCCAAUUAUUGUGAUGGCAUUGGUUGCACUUGUUUUGGUAAGUAAGCUCGUCAUUAUGAGCGUUUUCCUCUACAAAAAAUGCAGGUCAUGGAGGAACAAAAGUAAAAAUAACAAAAAAAGGAAUGUAAUAAUUCCGUAUGAUGUUAUAAGAAAUUACACUUAUGAGGGAAAACAGUGGUAUAAAAAAUAUCAAGAACCCGACAAUGUAAAACAAGAACUAAUGGUUAGAAAGAAUUACAGGCAACAAAGAAACAGUGAAACAGAGAAUACUGUUCAACAAAAAGUUUUAUUUGUGACAGAUGGUAGCAAAAUUUCGAUUGAUUGUGGCUCGUCUUUGUGCGAAGAGGAGUUUACUGAAAACAAAAUAACACCAUAAUUGAAUAAAAUAAAGUGCGG